AUGCCUACGAUCCUCACUCCGCAAGGAUGGGUCAAAGUCGCACCACCACCCCCUCGUAAACGACCUGUGAACCACGACCCAAAGGCCGUCUUUCGAGGACCGCUGGCAUACCUAGCCUGCCAGAGCAAACCUCCUCCCCUCAACAUUGGCGGUGGUGGGAACGUCAAAGGCAGGGCGGAAUUCCCCUAUGAUCUGAGUGCGAGCCCGGAGAAAUUGAGACGGCAGGGGGAGGUGAAUGCGCGCUCGAAGGCGGACAGGAGUGUUUCUGCUCCGGUCAUGCAUGGCGGUUUGCAUCCCCGAGACGACGAUUACGACGAGUACGACGACGAGGUCGAGGAUAUUCCCGCACCGGAGGUCCAGAGGCGUCGGCCGCGGACGCCAAAGUCGAUAGAGCAACCAAAGCCCAAAUCGAGGUCGAGUCCACAGUCCCAGUCGUCGAGAUCAUCUCAACACCACAGUCACCACCAUAACGACCGUCCCGAGCACCGUUCCCAUACCAGCUCGCACUCCCGCGCACCAUCCAGUCCCAGCUCGAGUUCGACUUCGAGCUCAGGCGCGAGCUCCAGAUCAAGCGCUCCGAGCUCGCGCUCCAGCGCCUCGAGCGUGUCCAGCGCACACUCGACAAAGUCCUACCACCGACCCGCCCCGCCAGGGCACAGCAGACGCCCAUCCGUGCCCGCAGCCGCGCCAGCAGCCAACCCGUACUACUCGAUGCCUCGAUACGACCACUACCCAGCGCCGCCGGGUUCGAUGCCUAUGCCCAUGCCUAUUCCUAUGCAUGUGCCGAUGCCUAUGCCAGCGGUGCCGGCGGCGCAACCAGUCUCGUCUGGCAAAGGCAGUGGCAGCGCAAGGAGCCUGUCGUAUAGCUGGUAUAAUGCCACCACGCCGUUGAAGCUGUGA